AUGACGUCCUUCGAAGAGACGAGGCCGCUCGUCGAUUCGCAUCCAGUCCUUGAUAUCGGUGGCACCAGCCUAGGUGCGCUCUAUUCAAGUGACGAAGACAUUGUGAAGCCAAUUGCAUUGCCCUGCGUAGAGAACAACAAUGACACGGAGAUGAGUCUCGUCAACGCGAAGAACAAGGUCCCUGAGCUCCAGAAGUUCUACCAGACCGCCUACAAGGAGCACAACCGUCUCUGGAAGAUCAACCCUCGCAGCCGUGUCUACAUGGUCCCCUACACCGUCCUCCUCUGGGGAACCCUCGGCUUCACCCUCUACGGCGGUAUCCGCAAGGUCGCCGGCUACAACAGCUACUUCGGCAAGAACUAG